AUGCCGUCGGGGAAAUAUUACUGCGAUUACUGCGACAAGGAGUUUCAGGAUACUCAAGUGGCUAGAAAACGCCAUCUUCAAAGCAACCCUCACCUUCGAGCUAAGGCCCUCUGGUACAGCUCUGCUUCGGAUCGCAAUCAACAAGUCUCCAAUUUUGCGCCGAGGGGUUUAUGCAAUCGCUUCGUUACCUCGAAUUUUUGUCCAUUCGGAGAUUCUUGCAGAUACUUGCACCCUAAUAACAACAUUCCAGGAAGCACAGGUUUCGCCAAUAAUAAUACACAACCUCAUGAUGGCUUCCCUAACCAACACAUUCAAGCAAGUGAUUUCGUUAGCGGUGGACCAGGAACAGGUUGGUUUGAUCUUCCGCCAUCUCUGAAACCGCCUCCUGAACAAGGCUAUCCUCAGCUUCCUUUCAUAGACUGGGGAUAG